GCUCCUUAGCUAUCCCUUCCUCAGGCUCUCCAUCCCAACUCAUCAUCCCUCCCUGCAGACUCUGAGCCUCCCACCCGUUCCCUUUCUGCCCCCUCCACUGAACUGCCCUGGUACUCUCUGCUCUACUCCGCCCUCUGAAGUCCCUCUCCCUCACUUCUCCCCUGCCCCUGGAUCCCCUUUCCUGUGUGCCACCAUGACCGUGAUGGCUGGAGAGAACAUGGAUGAGACUUCUGUGCUACCUGGCCACCCCCAGGAUAGCUACCAGCCUGCUGCCCACGAUGACCAUGAGUGCUGUGAGCGUGUAGUGAUAAACAUUGCCGGACUACGCUUUGAGACACAGCUGAAGACCUUAGCCCAGUUUCCCAACACUCUGCUGGGCAACCCCAAGAAGCGCAUGCGGUACUUUGACCCCUUGCGCAACGAGUACUUCUUCGACCGGAACCGGCCCAGCUUUGAUGCCAUCCUCUACUACUACCAGUCCGGGGGGAGGCUCCGCCGGCCGGUCAAUGUGCCCUUGGACAUGUUCUCUGAGGAGAUCAAAUUUUAUGAGCUGGGUGAGGAGGCCAUGGAGAAGUUCCGGGAAGAUGAAGGAUUCAUCAAAGAUGAGGAGAGACCCUUGCCAGAGGGGGAGUACCAGCGCCAAGUAUGGCUCCUCUUUGAAUACCCAGAGAGCUCUGGGCCUGCAAGGGUCAUUGCAAUAGUCUCUGUCAUGGUGAUCCUCAUCUCCAUCGUGAUCUUCUGCCUAGAGACGUUACCUGAGCUGAAGGAGGACAAGGAGUAUACAGUGCAUCGCACUGACAACACCACCCAGGUCUACAAAUCCAACAUCUUCACAGAUCCCUUCUUUGUUGUGGAGACCCUAUGCAUAAUUUGGUUCUCCUUUGAGCUAGUGGUGCGCUUCUUUGCUUGCCCCAGCAAGACUGAUUUCUUCAAGAAUAUAAUGAACUUCAUUGACAUUGUGGCCAUCAUCCCUUACUUCAUCACCCUGGGCACCGAGAUGGCUGAGCGGGAGGGGACUCAGAAAGGAGAGCAGGCCACCUCCUUGGCCAUCCUGAGAGUCAUCAGACUGGUAAGAGUCUUUCGAAUCUUCAAACUCUCCCGGCACUCUAAGGGCCUCCAGAUUUUGGGACAAACCCUCAAAGCAAGUAUGAGAGAGCUAGGUUUACUAAUCUUCUUCCUCUUCAUUGGGGUGAUCUUGUUCUCUAGUGCAGUAUAUUUUGCUGAGGCUGAAGAACCUGAGUCUCAUUUCACAAGUAUCCCUGAUGCUUUCUGGUGGGCGGUGGUAUCCAUGACCACUGUGGGCUAUGGUGACAUGUACCCUGUGACAAUUGGAGGCAAAAUCGUAGGCUCCUUGUGUGCCAUCGCUGGUGUGCUGACAAUUGCCCUGCCUGUACCUGUCAUCGUGUCCAACUUCAACUACUUCUACCACCGAGAAACAGAAGGGGAAGAACAGGCUCAGUUACUUCACGUUAGCUCCCCUAAUUUAGCAUCUGACAGUGAUCUCAGUCGCCGCAGCUCCUCCACAAUCAGCAAAUCUGAGUACAUGGAAAUCGAAGAGGAUAUGAAUAAUAGCAUAGACAAUUUUAGAGAGGCUAAUCUGAGAACUGGCAACUGCACUAUAGCCAACCAAAACUGUGUUAAUAAAAGCAAGCUGCUGACUGAUGUGUAAACAAAAAAACAACACAAAAUCCCCACUCACAGCUUGAAGACUUUAGUGACACAGUCACCCUUUGUAGAUGCUUUACUGAUAGUCUUUGAAUGCUUUAUUUACCUCGUAAAUGCAUUGUUGCAUUGCGAAUUUUUGCUCAGCGAUAAAGAAGCUUCCAGGAACCAUGAGGGAUAAGAUUUUGUUUAUUUUGAAAAAGCAUUUUCCACCUGGUAAAUUAUAACCAUUUGAACUAGUUUAGUUUUAAGCUGUAUGACGCUAGACCUAAACUUUUCCUCUCCCAUCUCCUUUUUUUUUUUUUUUUUUUGGAUGGAGUUAAACUAAGCAAGGCAGUUUCUAGAGCUAUAAAGCAUAUGCAUGGAUUCCAGUAAAAAUAUUCUGCAAAACUGCACAGUUGCAAGAAAUUGCAUCAGAUAAUAGUAACAAUAAGAAUAACAAUAAUAAUAAUAAUAAUAAUAAUAAUAAAAAGAUUAGCAAAAACAUGCAGCAAGCAUUUGUCAUGGUUUUUUAUGAAGGAGUGCAGAUUUUCCUUCCACUCCCUAUGUGAAAGAUGACAUACUUCCAAUCUACAGAUCCACAUAUCACCUUAUUAAAAACAUACUUAAGCCUGGUCUCUUUUUGCUGUCCAUAGAAGAACUACUCUAAAAGGAAAAGAACCAACCAAGCCGAAGACAAAACAUCUGCAGUGCUGCUAAGUUCUCUUACUUGCAGAUGAUUUAAACACACUUUUCGUUUUCCUGGUCCAGAACUGGAUGCAAAACUUUAAGCCCCUCUGUUUCAAGAUAGCACAAUGGAGUUUAAUAUAAGCAUGUUAGAAUUUGAUACUAUUUGUUUUAUAAUCGCAUGCCUGAAACGUUACCUCAGACAAUAGUGGAUAAGCUUUUGUUCGAAUGGAAUCAUCUAAAAAUAGGUCCUUUAUCUCUCUUUUUUCUUUUCUUUUCUUUUCUUUUCUUUUACUUUUUGAUUUGCAUUCACCAGAAGUGCACUCCUUAAUUUAUUAAAUCGUUGACUAGUAAUUUAAAGUACUGUAUUUAAGUGCAUAUGUUAAGUCAAAUGGGAAAAAUAACUUUUGGAGAUCAAAGCAUGUUCAAAUAUUCAGCAUUAUGGCCUAUUUGAUUAAGGUAUAACUUGAAUUAAUUAAUGCAUGAACUCAACAAUAAUAAUGAUAAUAAUAAUGAUAACAAUAAAAAACAAAAAUUUUAAAAGUGCUUGAUAGAUCGAGGGCCUAAAUGGACUGAUUAGAAAAGCCUGAUUGUUUUCCUGCAUUGCUUAGGGAAAUGUUUUGACUUUUGUCCAGGUAUUGUCAGAAAGGAAAAUAUCCCAUCCCUUAAAGGGAAAGCUAUACGAAAAACUAAGAAGUCAAGUUAUAUAUAGCAACACCUGAAACCUAGUAUCCUUUACAGUCGAAAGGUGCAGAUGCAUGCUUUUUGGUGCAUUCUCAGAAUGUAAAUGAAACUUACCUAUUAUAUGCAUCCAAAUUGCAGCAGCUGGUUUCUUUUGCAGUCAUCAGUUGGGAGUUUUUUGUGUUCCCCUAAAACUCACUGAAGAGACACAACAGAUUGAUUUCGAUAGUUGUGCAGUGCCUUUGCCUUACAACCCAUAAAUUGCUGAAAGUGCCUCCAGGAACUGAGCUGAUCAGAUAUAGCAAAGGAAAGGGCAAGUCACCAACACACUGUCAGAGGUGUUCUGUGCUCCCUCCUGGCACAGUGCAGAAGGGGGUAGAGAAGGAAAGAAAGAGCAAGUGCAAGUGAGAGGGAUGCAGGAGAGGUGGAAGACUUCAAGCUUUCCUAGGUUGUUUAUAGAGACAUCGCUGCCACCAUUAUAUCUGCCCUUCCCUUCCCUGACAUGGCUGUUUGGCAGCCUGUCCCAGCAUGGCAGGACACAGGAGGGUCUAAGGACUAGCAGCCUAGUCAGGUAAUCAGACUGCAGGGCUGUGCUUUUCAUUCCCUUGGAUUCCCCAGUGGGUAAGUGAGGGAGGAUUUCCAGUGCCCUGCCAUCCCUGCCUUUUCCAUGCCGUUUCAGCAGUCUGUCAGAUCUUCAAUCCCGUUACAGAUCCUUUGAGCCCUAUUCUUCUUUCUGGUCCCUAACCUUACUCCCACCAUCAUCUGGUGAAGGAAGCAACACUGUGAUAAAGUAUCUUCUGCAAUAUGCCAGCCUUGACUGCUAGGCCCUAGAGGACAACCUUUGAUCUGAGCUAAUGUAGGCACGAAUCUAUUAUUUUAAAUGGACAAAGUUGAGGAUCUUCAUUGUGUACUUAGCAUGUGGACAACUGCUGUCAAACACUUCUCCUUCCACACUGGACAGAUCCUUUCUUCCCCUAUCAUUAUGAUAUCUCUGUGUGUAUAUAUAUCUCUCUCCAUAUAUAUAUGUAUAAAUAUAGGUGUGUGUGUCUGCGCAUGUGUAUAACACACACACACACACACACACAUAUAUAUAUAGAUAUAUAAAAUCAAGGCACUUGGAGUUAAAAAACAACCCUAACUCUGCAGUUACGCACAAGCCUGACCUGCCAGGUUUUCAGAAAGACUUGCCUUCAUUUCUCACUCUGUGGCUUUUGUGAAUCUUAAUGAUGAGAAAGCAAUCAACAACUGAGGGAGCUCUAACUCCUGCAAGUAAUGCAAAGUACCAGAUAAAACAGGGCAUUACACCCUCUAGGUAAGUAUUGUAAAGCUUCCUUCCUGUCUCCCACUCACACCCCUGCCCAUCACACACCUCUCUCCCUGUUAAAUUCUGCUAGUCCUGAUCUUCCCAGGCUCCUGAAUUCUAGGAUAUAACUUCUCAUUUCAGCAUGGAUUUAAAUGCUGCACUCAGCUUACAAAAAAAAAAAACACAGCCAAACAACUGACUAAUCUAAACGGCAAUAAUCAAUUCAGUGCUGUGGGACUGAUGAUGAGUGAGCAGCAUCUGGGAGAUGAGGUCUCACUUUGGUAACUUAACUUCUUCCGCAGUUGAGUAUGCACACCUUAGUUUAAUGAGCAGAAUGAUAAUCAUCCUGCAUGUAUCAAGAGAAAAGUGCUGCUUGCAGCAUUUCUGCUUUCUCAGUAGUCCUGGAUGGAUUAUUAGGACUCAGGGUGUUUUGGGAAGCCUGAAUGUUGCUUUGUCCAUUUGUAGCUCACUGCAGAGGUUCCCAAUACAUACGGUGUACAGGAAUUAAUAUUGUGUAGCAUAGGCAUGUGUUUUUGGCAAGUUUGACACAAAAAAUAAAACAAACAAAAGCAAACAAAAACCCCACAUAAACAAAAAAAAAACAAACCAAAAACAAAUUUAAAAAGCUCUUACUUUCUUUAGAAAGGAGUGCUGAAAUGUCUUUGUGAGCCUGAAGGUGCACUUAACAAACUGCCUGUUCUUGUCAAUAAGCAUCCUUUUCUUUCUUUCCUCUUUUUUUCUUUUUUUUUCCUUUUCUCCUCCUUUAUUCUCCCCUUUUUUCUUCCCUUUUUGGCAUAUGCUUCUUUUUGCCACACAUGAUCUUUGUGGUGUUCUUUGUUAGUGGAAGGGGAGUGGAAAUGAACUGAUGGCCAAUUUAGUGCAUCUCUGAAAGAGUGCAGAGACCUUUGUUUGGUAGGGACCUGCUAAAAGUGAUGCCCGUGUUUCGUGCUGGACAGACAAACUGGUAGAUAUGGCAGUCUUAGUUGGUCUGUAGUUUGGUGAGGUAAGGCAGCAAUUCCAGCAUGAGGAGUCACUACGCAAGCCUCCUUUACAAGCCACUGCUCUUUGCUGCCUUCUUCAUUGCUCCUAUGCAGCUUUUUCUUUAUCUACUCAGUGGAGGGUAUGAGGGAGCUUAUUUGGAGUGAUCAAGGCAGCAGUGCACCACGGUGCAGAGGCAGGAAUGAAGUGGAGAGGCAGUGGACAGGAAUUCCAUAGGCUGGGAUCACUGCCAGAAUUCCCCACCUGGUCCUACCAUCCUUAGCUAUAGAACACUAGGAACAGGCAGAGGAGCAAGGGGGAAAGUGACAAUUAAAGGCUCUAUACUCCCUUUACAUAUCUGACAGGUUGCUGCCAAGAGCUCAAGUCCUCUGUGUUGCAGCUCCAGCAGAGACAAUGAACUGGAUUUACUUAUCUUCACAAGGAAGUUAGUGUGCAGGAAGCCAGAAUGUGAGUUCACAGCAUCCUAGCAGACCCAUGCAGAUUCCCUGCAUGGGGUCUCUUAAACCUUGUACCCACUGGACACUUCAGGAGAGCUACUCUGAAUUAAUGAAAGGUGUGCAUUUAAAGUAGAUUUGUUAAACUGCUUUAAAGCCCAGCAUGGACAUUUUAUUGCAGAAUAAAAGCAAACUGAAUCUGAUUUGGAGUCAUUCUUUUUGGAAGGAAAGUAAGCUGAAUUGAAUUAAGGUUGCUUUAAUUAUGAACACAGUGGGGCUUAAUGCAGUUUACCUCAUCUGCCUCGCAAGUUAAUUCAGGUAGAUGAGCCUUUAGUAAUCAUUAAAUGGAACUGACCCUACAUUGUAGGGGAUGCCUGGGCAGAGUGUGGCCACAUGCUACAAAACUCUUAGUUGGUGAGGGCUGGAAAUUCACCACCUGGCUUACUGAGGGCUAACAUAUCCCUGGUAACAAUUCUAGUGAUUUCCUUCCUUUGCUCAUGGUUUACACAUUUGUAGGUGUGAGGAGAAUCAAUCGUGCUGCCUUCUGGGAAACUGACAAUGAUCCUGGCCCAAGAAAAUGAGUUUCCACUUACAAAGUCUCUAAGUGUGCACAUACUUAACCUGAGGUACUGUUGAUCAGGUGGACAAACACUUGAAAGACAGUAUGAAGCACUUGAGACAGGACAAAAUUCAGCAAAAAUCCUCUUGUUUUCAGUAGUGAGUUUGCCCAAGUAGAGAUUUCAGGGAUCAGACCCUUCUCAGCAUAUCAGCUGUGUAUCAAACAUACAAAUCAACAAUUGAAGCCAUGGCAAAUUUUGCCAAUGUUUUUUAAUAAGAAACAAUUGUUUUCAUUAGAUAGAAGUACAGAAAGUUUUUUCCUAUUAUGAGAGAGCAGAAUCCCUAGUGGAACAUAAAAAUCUGCUUAUUUUUUAAGUAUAAGGAACUGAGGAUAAUUGUCACUUUUCCAUAGUUCACACUUGGACACUGCAGUUUCUCAUAUGCACAUAUGUUAACCAAAAUGAAAUGCACACUAGGACAGGAACAUCUGUAAUUUAUUAGAAAAGGUGGAAAGCUGUAUUUUAGAACAAGGUCUUCCACAUACGUAUGUAAUAUAUGGAAUGAAUAUAUUCCUUGCCAAAUACUAGCUUGAUAACUCUUUUUAGGGGGGUGCCAUUCUGGAUUAAUUAAUUUACCCUAACAUGAAGAAGAGGGAAGUACUUCAGCUUUUCCAGGAAUGGUAUGAUCCUGUAGGCUUCCAGCAGCCUGAUGCCACUGGUUGUGACAGUAAUUUCAGACUUGCAGGAAUGCAGAAGCAGCUCCAAAGUGUGACUUACCCUCCGUAGCCACGGAGCUGGGUGGAAUUAGAAAGCUAUCCUUGCAAUUGCACAACGUGGCAAGUUUGUUCCAGACCUGCCUAUUCCAAAUCUGAACCAGGCUUCUUUUCUGAGAUGCUUUAACCAGGGACCUACAUUCCAAUUUCGGUUGGAUUUACUUCACGCUGAGUUUCUUUUUUCUCCUUUCUGUUUUUCUGGCUUUACUUAAUCAGGUGUAGAGGAUUUGUUUUUCCUGAAAUGCUUAUAAAGUAUUCUUAGAGGUGUCAGUACUUGUAUCUGCAAAAAUGAAACUUUGGAGUGUUCUACUGUUUUAGUCAGUAGAGGUGAACUUGCCACGGGUAAGGCCAACAAUUUGUGCUGUCAAGGCAUAGCAUGCUUUGAUGUUUUCAAAGGAUAUCAAAUGAAAUUGAGGUCUUAACUAAAUUUUUUCUCAAAGUAUCUCUUAAUAUCUAUGUAAUACUGUGUAUUUCACCUGUUCACAGGCUCUAGCAAAUGUCACUACAAGUUACUUAAAAAAAAAAUCAUCUCCCAUUUCUAGUUUAUAUAACAAAAUGAAGGCAUUGCAUUCAGUUCCUUUAGGUGCAUCAGUCUUUGAUCUAUGCUAUUGUUUCAGUGACAUUUCUAUAAUGUAAUUGGAAUCAAAUGUAUAUUUUACUUUUGUACAAAGUAAAAAUGAUAUUUUUAUGACUAAAUUCAGUAAACCCUUACGUAUAGCCUGCUAAGAUGGAAUAUUUUUUCCUUUCCUUUACAUGUAAACCAUUGUUUUUGUAGAAUGUUGGUUUGGAAUGAUUAAAAUAACAGCUGCCAAUGGGACUGUAUAUGGCCUCUCAGACAUACCUCUGAUUUUAAAGAUCAAAAAUACUGAUGUGAAAUAUAUCAACUGAAUAGUCUCUAUAUGAAAGUGCACCAUCAGGGCAACAAACCAUUUAAGCUGGCACAGCUGUACUGAUUUCCACCAUUUAAAAAUCACUUACACUUUGGGUCAAAUAUGUACUUCAUUGUCACAUUACAGCUCAUUCUACUUCCAGUAGUGAAAUUGGUUGACUUUUACCAUUUUUAGAACAUCUGAUGUUAUGAGUUCUUGACCUAUUUGAAAUGCAUAGUUUUCAUCUAUGCAAUUUUACCUGCUUCUGUACUUGUUCAUCUGUUCAUACUUGUCAUCAAUUAAAGAUAAUUUUUAAGGAUCUUAUCCGGGAUUAUUCUGUCUGGUUAUUUUCUGGAGUCUGGUUUCUCUGCUGUCACUACUGGCCAGUUCUAUCUGAAAUGAAUGGUUGGUUUGUUCAUUGAUGGUUUUCCUAUGGAAUGGUCUAAGAAAUGGCAACAUAGUGAGUGGGAAAUGUUGCUGUGGGCUUUGACAGGCUUGUAAAUGUCAGCUCAAGCUUUACAGUACUACUAAUCCAAGGGUUUGGCUUCUGUAGCCUUUGGAUCUAGCCUAGAGUGACUAAUGUUCUGGGGCCAAACUUUGCUGCUUUCACUGCUGAGACGGCACUUGGUUCCACCAAAACCAGUGGAAAUAAGGUCAAGCCUACUGAUUGUGUUCUCCAGAGGCUUGUAGGUAUCGGUUAGCAUGUUAUGGUUACAUUCCUGAAUCUGAACCACUGCCUGUUGCAUUACCAUGUAAGUGCUGAUGUGAAAUGAGGUUUUUAACAACUGUGUGACUGAGCACAGUUUUUUGUUUGGGCUGAAUGUAAGAAAGUCUGAGUGACUUGGUCCUGGUUUUGUUUUUUUUUUUU